AUGACAAAUAGACCAGAAACCAAAAAUGAUUUGGACCAGAGGAACUGGAGAAACCAGAUGGAGGAUGUGGCCCCAGUCUGGAUGCAGAAGGAUAGGGCACAUCACAGGUGUGGAGCAACCAGGAGUGAGACAGAGCAUCCUGGAAGCCCAUCCAGACAGGAGCAGCUUGGACAGGGUGUAGCCAGGGCAACGGCCAGUGCCUUUGAUUUUGAACAUUAUGGGCUAAGAGCACUAAACUUUGCACAGUUCUUAACCAUUCUCAAGACUGUUUUACGUCUCAGCGCCUUUGAUCAUUCCCUGCUUUUGGAAGGCCUAAGCCCAGCAGAAAAGCUGUUUGGUUUUCGCACGCCAAAGAUGUACUUAAGUGUAGAGGGCUGCUGUAUUUGCUGAGCUAAGUCCUCCAGUUUUCGAUUCAUUGGCAGUAAGUGCUAUGAAAAGGACUUCCAGAGCUAUUUUGGGUUGCAUGAGACUCGUUCAGGAGAUAUCUGUAAUGCCUGUGUCCUGCUUGUGAAAAGAUGGAAGAAACUGCCAACAGGAUCAAAAAAAAAAAAAAAAAAAACCAAAAAACCCUGGAAUCAUGUGGUAGACGCAAGGACAGGACCCAGUCUGAAGACUACAUUGAAACCAAAGAAAGUGAAAACUCUAUCUGGCAACAGGAUAAAAAGCAACCAGAUCAAUAAACUGCACAAGGAAUUUAAAUGUCACAGUUCUGAUGUUCACAGCACCUCAAGUGCCUCCCCUGCUCAGUCUCCUUGUUAUAGUAACCAGUCAGAUGAUGGCUCAGACACAGAGAUGGCCUCUGGCUCUAACAGAAUGCCAGAUUUUUCCUUCUCAGAUCUCACACACUGGAAGAGCCAGAAAAUAUGUUGUGGGAUUAUCUUUAAAGGCCGUUUUGGGGAAGUCCUCAUUGACACACAUCUACUGAACCCUUGUCGCUUACUAAAAGAAACAAAGAGGGGCACCUGGGUGGCUCAGCCAGUUACGUUUGCUUUUGGAUCUUUCCAUUCCCAACCAGAUAAAGGUAGCUCCAGAUUUAAAGAAUCCUUCAAAGACCAGCAUUACACGCUACUAGGCACACUGUGUCUUAGCAAGCAAAGGGCCCCCACCCUGGUCACACUUGAGUGCCCAAGCUCUCCUGAGAUCACAGGAAAGAGGGUCCCAAAGCAGGUCCUCUACCCUCGCAGCACACCUCCUCCCGCCCUGGUGGUCCGAGCGCCCCAUGGCUCCACUACCGGGCCGGUGCCCCCACCCCCUAAACCCGGGGGCCAAGAGCACGCAACGCUCUCGGCGCCUGGGGCCGCACAGACCCCAGGCCGCCCGGAUCAGGGUCAGGAGCUCGGUCUCCCCGCGCCCCCCACCCAACCUCCCUCGCCCCGGCAAUGCAAACCCGCAGGGAAGCCGGCGGGAGAGUUACCCGCCGAGGCCCAGGCGCGAAGACUGCAGAGGCGUGCGGGACUCUGCGGCGGGAGGCCUGCGGCUCUCCGGCCGCCCGCCGCCGCUCGCUCCAGCCGGCUGCUGCCUCUCCCGCGGCGCCUGCAGCAUCGGGCCGCCGAAGCCCGCGGCCGGCGGAAACCGGAGGAAGGUGGCCCGGAUCAGGGGCAGCGCCGGCACGAUUCCUCGUCCGCGGACCAGGCGGGGGAGCUGGGGAAGGCGCGGCGCCGAGCGGAGUCCGAGGCGCCCGGCCGCGCGCUGCCCUCCGCGCUGGGGUCCGGAUCCCAGGCGACUGCGCCGAGCGCCUCCAGAGCCGCGGGGUCGCUCCUCCUGCUCGUCUGCUGGCGCCAGACGCGCGGUGACCACGGCCGCCCCCGAGUCCACGGAGGAAGGUGCACUGCAGAGCGAGGCUGUGGGGGCUCCGCGCCCCCCGGAGCAGGGAGGCAGGAAAGCAGCCGAGCCCCUACCUUUCGGGCUGGGCGGACACCAGCCGCGCGCCCUUGCCGGGCGUCAGGGACGGAAAAUCACCACGACGGGAGGGCCCGGGUAAAGCAGCGGGUGGCUUCAGGACAAGUAACAUGGAGUAGCUGGUUACAGACCAAACCUUCCCUUGAGAAUAUGACAUGCUGGACAAUAUAUAAAGCCAUCAAUCUGAAGGCAAUGGGGAAUUCUGAAGCCACAAGACUAUUCCAAGACAGGCUGCAUCCAAGCAGUGAGCUGCGUCUCUUUGUGAAGCUGUGGUCAUCUGCGAUAUUGCACUAGUUUGUAUUUGCCCUUCCUUCUUUUCUGCCCAACUUUCUUUUCCCUUUACUUUGGUGUCUCAGAGUUAUACCUCCCAUUUUUUUCUAGGGAACUUAGGCUAAGACAGAAUGAAAGUACAGAGAAGUGAGCCCAAUUCAGCUCUGUAGACAUUUGUCUAUGUGUAAGCAGAAAGCAAGAGGCUGAGAUGCUGAGCAGAGUUUCCAACAGUCUUACAGUGUUGGUAAGAAAAAAA